AUGGCCCAGGAAACACCCAACCCGCUGCCGUUUUCCGAAACCACCCACACUACGCUCGCCGCUGCCAUCGAGGCACGCCAACUCCUAGCCGAUCAGCUACUUCCAGAGCUCGCGAGGCCAAUCACCUCACUUUCGUAUAAUCCCUGGAUCGCAAAACGCAGGGAUGAUAAGCAGGAGUACGAGGCGGAACCCCAGGUAUGGGGAUUCAUUCACGACUACAGCGUAGCAGCUGCUUAUCUUUUCACUGAACCCAUUCCCACUGGGUUGCAAAUGGUGACUCCAAAGCGCAUCAUCUUUCAGACCAGAGCAGCGGACCAAGGAUGGGCAACCUUUGGUGGAGAAGGCACCUUUGAAAACAGCCACACGUGGUUUGAGGCCAGCAUUCUGCGUCCCUGUGAUACUCACCGUGACGGGGCACAUGUUGCCCCUGAAGGCAUUCUUCGAGAAACGUGGUGGGGUGCCCCCGGUGCAAGGGAUGAUUUAAAGGAGCAUGGGUGGGAUUUUGUAGAAGGGGGGGAUGGGCAACUCACGUGGACAGUCUGCAACAACCUAACAGCAAGCAGUGAAUUCCGCAACUACAGAGUCGAGUGGGAGAAGGGCGUGGUGCCAGAUGAUGAUGAGGAUGCAAUUGGUACUGGGGAAGGGUUUCUCGAGCUGCUGGGACCCGGGUGUAUCGUCGUGCUUUGGGCGAGAGCUGAGCAAGCUCACUGGGUUAACAAAGUUGAGGCGGCGACGAUUGAGAUUGAGUAUGACUUCUUGUAG